AUGUUGUUCAGAAGUAGUGAUAGAAAACCGAUUGGUUAUAAGUGGCGGUCUUCAACUCCGUUCAUUAUCAGUUGUAUCGCUAUCGCUCUGUUCACAGAAACCUUUCUUUAUGGAUUCAUCGUUCCUAUUCUCCCAGAAAUCCUCCAGGACCGUAAUCAUGUCCCCCCCGGAGACAUCCAGCGCGUCACCUACCAGCUCUUAACUAUCUACGGAGCUAUAGCUAUGGUUUCUAGCAUGCUCAUCGGGGAGCUAGCGGAUCGAGCUAGUUCUCGACAAACUCCUCUAAUAAUAGCUUUAGCAGUUGCGUUCGUAGGAACCUUAACUUUGGCUCUGUCUACAAAGUUAUGGGGCGUUUUCCUUGGUAGAAUUAUCCAAGGAGUUGGUGGAACAGCAGCAUGGAUUGUUGGAUUUGCUACACUUCGAGAUUCAAUCCAUGGAAGUAACAUGGGGAAGGCUGCCGGGUUGAUUCAAGGUUUUGUUAGCCUUGGUGCGCUUUCAGGGCCAGCUGUCGCCGGUCUUCUGCUCGAGUUAACCGGCUAUUGGAUCACGUGGGGUAGCGCGCUGUUACUUCUCGUCGUCGAUAUCGUGAUGAGAUUGUUGAUGAUAGAACAGCGGAAGGUUAAGACAAACCCGAGCAGUCCUCAGGAACCAGCACCAGAAGAAACGAACGAGAAUUCCGCUUUAAUCCCUGGCGCCUCGACACAAUCAUACGAUUCCGUGAAGAAUAACGAACCUCCAGCACAAUCGUCGAAAAUCUCUACACUUUCCUUCUACAAGAUCAUAUUCAGCCAAAGAAGAGUCCUAACCGCCUUGCUAUGUUCAAUCACCUACUCCACCAUGCUCGCCAGCUUCAGCACCACUAUCCCCACACACGUUAAAUUCUCCUUCGGCUGGGGGAGUUUACCCACAGGUCUACUAUUUGUCGGACUAGAAGGGCCGACAAUAAUAGCUGGUCCUCUUUGUGGUUGGUUUCGAGACAAAGUUGGAACAAAAGCCCCCGCUACAAUCGGGUAUCUGUCAUUGGCUCCGUUAUUAUGGCUACUUGGAGCAGCAGAUCAACAACAGUUUCCGUGGGCUAAAGACGAGCAAUCUGCGAAGGCGACUUAUAUUGCGACGGUCAUCACCAUAGGGUUUAUAACGAAUUUGUUAAGUAGUGUUGGGACUAUGGAGCUUACUGCUGUGGUGGAUGCUCUUGAAGCCAAGCAACCUGGUAUUUUCGGGCCGAAUGGAGGGUAUUCACGUACUUACUCGCUUUCCGGUCUGAGUUUUGCAACGGGUCUGGUCGUAGGCCCACUUUUGUCGGGUACUCUGACAGAAAGUAUUGGGUAUUAUCGUAUGAAUAUGGUCCUAGCUGCCGUUAGUGUGACUGUCGGUACAAUCGCGUUUACCUUCCUUGGUGGGAAAUCUUCAUUGGAUAUUUAUAAUUUGGAGCGGGAAGAGACGAUAGAAGAAUGA